AUGUUUCUUGGUGGUUUGUAUAUGAGAGGAAGCCUCUUCUCGCUCGCUGUACCCGAGAAGGCAUUUCCUGUCCGACGACUUGUUCAGACAUGUCGGCGAGCAUUGCGCUGUACGACUAAGGUCGAGAAGGUCUGGAUGGUGUCUGGUCUUCUACAAGAGAAGUUGUGA